AUGGGGCUCACAGUCUAAUAAAUACUAUUAAUUGAUUAUUGAUCUCCCAUCCAGGAUGCUGAAAGACUCAAAGGGCCCGAACUCCUUGAACAUUCUGUGGAUUUGCCUCCUGAUUCACCAGAUCCCAUUAGACUGACUUCUUCUUGGACUCCUUCCUUGCUGGCAAAGCAUCUGCUCUAGCAGCUAGUUGUGGAGCUCUCAGGGCAGGAGCAGAGAGAGAUGAGUGCAUCAAAUCGGAUCCAACCCACGAAAAAGGACAGUCUGUCCUUUAUCAACAGCCAGACUGCAAACGUCAAACAAUUUCGAAACUCCAUCUCUAGGAAGGGGCCAAAGAACACAAAGCCGUCACCCCGCGAUGAGGCCAAAAUCCCUCCGAUUAAUCCGGCCCCUAGUCAGAGCUGCCUUGGAAUCGCAUUUUCUCGUCCCUUUGGCUCAUCUGGAGGGCUGCGGAUUUUUCCCUUCCGUUAGGAGCCGGGUUUAGCCCUGGGCUGACCAGAGCGUUGGAAAAAGGAAAAAAAAAUGGAGAGACACAUCUGUACUAAAUCAAGUUUCCCUCCAGAGGCCAAAUACCUUGGUCUGCUUCCAUGGGUUAGGUUCCAGCUCCAGCUGGCCGUUGGACUUCCCGAUGGCAAGUCCUCCACAGGCGAGGUCACCGGGAGAAGUGGAUGGCGUAGAGACCCUCCCGCGACACUGGAGAAGGUUUUUGGGAACCUAGAGAUGAAGUCACCCUCCAGCAGCUAUAAAAAUUGAGGCCCGGGCCCAUAUCCUGAAGUCCUAGUGGACUCCUAUAAAGUCUGUGGUUUGAAGAAGAGAUGGUUAACCCUUGGCUCAUUGGCUGUCCCUCGGAGAGAGAUCGCCUCCACGGAAGCUUUGGGUUCAUCAUCCCGAACCCAGAAAGAUCGUUUAACACUGACCAUCCCCAUGAAAAUACAUAAAGGAGUGGACUCCUUUCUGGAUCUGAAUCUUGAACCUUCCCCCAGAAAGAUGGAUUUUAAACCAGGCUCCCAGAUAAGAGAUGGCCAGCUUUCUUUCUGAGAUUCUGAUAUCUUUUGUGCAUUUUGGAAUCAAACAGCAUGUGGGGGAAAUUUAAAAGAAGAAGGAAUGAUAUUAAGCUUAGGAGGAUCUGCCCGGUGGAGCAAAAAUGCAUGCUGUGUUGAAUGUGUUGGCAUUUCCUUCUUAGAAAGUAAGCGUGCAAUAAAUGGUGGAGAAGAAGCCAGCGGUGCAAUCCCAAGCCCCCAGGCAGAGGCAGGUGUUGGACCGGAACACGCGACAGCAGCGGAUGACCUGCCAGCUGGAGGCCUUGGAGAAUGACAACUUCCAAGAUGACCCUCACGCCGGCCUGUUACAGCUGCAGCUGGGGAAGCGGCUGCCCCAGUUCCACGACGACGCCGAUACUGGGAAGAGGAAGAAGAAAACCCGGGGUGACCACUUCAAGCUUCAUUUCCGGAAGAACUUCCAGGCUCUGCUGGAGGAGCAGAACGCGAGCACGGCAGAGGGCCCCAACUACGUGAUGGCAUGUGCGGCUCCGUCGUCGUGGCCCCAGGGGCCGUUCUGUGCCAUUUGCGGCUUCCCCUCCCCUUACACCUGUGUGUCCUGCGGGGCCCGCUGCUGCACCGUGCGCUGCCUGGGCACCCACCACGAGACCCGAUGUCUGAAGUGGAUGCUCUGAGCAGAGGCGCCAGGAACUCCCCCUCCCCUUCCCCAUCCCGAGCCUUUGGAGCCCCCUGCUCAAAGGGGCGAGCCCAGGGCUACACAAACCCCCGCCUCCCAUCCCUCACCCCACCGUAUGACCAAAACUGAGCUCCUCAUUUUCCCUCCCAAGCCCUGUCCUCUCCCUGAC